CCCUGCGCGGUCUGGGCUGAUCACGGAAUUCAACUUCCACCAAACAACCACCCGAACCAGACAAGAUGACCAGUCUCACCGCCAAGGACAAGGACGCCGUCAGGGCCUUCUGGUCCAAAGUGGCCCCCAAGGCGGAGGACAUCGGCAGCGAUGCUCUGUCCAGGAUGCUGGUGGUGUACCCGCAGACCAAGACCUACUUCACCCACUGGAAGGACCUGAGCCCCGGCUCAGCCCCGGUGAGGAAGCACGGGAAAACCGUGAUGCGCGGCGUCGCCGAGGCUGUGGCCAAAAUCGACGACCUGAAGGCAGGUCUGCUGGAACUGAGCGAGCUGCACGCCUUCACCCUGAGAGUGGACCCGGCCAACUUCAAGAUUCUCUCCCACAACAUCCUCGUGGUCUUAGCCAUCAUGUUCCCCAAGGACUUCAGCCCUGAGGUCCAUGUGGCCAUGGACAAGUUCCUGGCUGCCCUGGCCCGUGCCCUGUCUGAGAAGUACCGGUAAACUGCUGGCGAACAAGUGCAGGAUGACGGAUGACGGAUGGCGAACAGCAGCGUGGUCGUGGAUAAUCUCUGUCAAUCUGAUCAAAUGAAUAAAUGAUCAAAAACUA